AAUUAACAGCGUGCAGGAUCAUAUUUUGAUAGGCCACUUUUAUAUCGUCGAAGAUCUUGUCAUAAAAUUAAAAAUUACUAUUACACAUCUUUCGUGUUCUUGGUGAAAUGCUUUCAAAACAAGUUUCAACUGUAUACGAGUUAGUUUUUAUAUUUCUGUACGAAACAGUGGUUUUAUUACCGCUGAUUAUUAUGAUUGUUUGGACUUUCUCCCAUCUUGGUGGACUAGAUUUUAGUGAACAUGCAGAUAACUGGCAUCCGAUUCUCAUGCUUACUGGACUCGUAUUUUGUUUCUUUAACGCGGCAGUGAGCUUCAGGAUGCUUCCAUUCGAGAAACCUGCCAAGAAAAAGAUUCAUGCAGCCUUUCAUAUUACAGGAUCAGUGUUAAUAGUACUAGGUCUAGUGGCCCAGUUCAGCUAUCAUCAAAGUAACGGUUACGAGCACCUCUUCUCCUCACAUAGCUGGAUGGGACUCUUCACUGCUCUCUGCUACAUAUUGCAGGUACUACUAAGUUUAGGAGUGUUCCAAGACUUCACCCCCAACCUGAACAUUCCUUUAAGAGUUCGCUACAAGCCCCUACAUGUGGUGCUAGGAACCGUCCUACUUAUUGCAGCAGGUCUUACGAUUGCCAUGGGGGUGACGGAAAAGGCAGCUUAUGCAAACCUCCAAUACGGAUCAUCCAGUCAGUGGUACCUAGUUCACGGUGUUAUCACUACUGUUUUCCUAUCUCUAGCAGCUACCUUCACCAUCAUAUCAGCAAAACCUGUCUCUGCACUACCCAAUACAGCAGAACCACGCCCACCACAGAUGGUUGAAGCAGAGACCACGUCCGACAAAGUUGCAGACAAAACUUAGAUCAAGAAACAUAUAGUAUUAUUUCUUUGUUUUAGGUUAGUUGUUGAUUCGGAACAAUGAUAAUGUCAUAACGAGGUAGCGGGAGUUGCUAGCUAUCAGCUAUGACAGUUCACAACUAGGACAGAAAUAAUCUAUUGGUAGGUUACGUGCGAAUGGGCUAAGUUACAAUUCUUUGUCUACGUUGAUUUUUGUGACAGAUGUUAAUUGACAGAAAUCGUUCAUGCUGAAUGCUGAUUGCAGAUUGGUUUAUUUUCUAUCAUCUGGUGGAUUGUCAGUUCAGCUCUAAGCUUCAUUUGCAACAUUAAAGGUGCCGAUAACAAAGAUUGCCGGCAGUACGCUUCCAUAAAUACUGAAACUAUUUUCUACAUCGGCCGCUUUAAAAUGUGUUCUUUAGCUAAGUUUUGUGUCAAUUUAAAAAUAUGAUUUGUAAAGUUCUAUAGUUCGAAAUGAUAAUCUAAGUUUUAUCAUGA